AUGAAGGUCUUUGCUCGCGUUGCCCAGCCGGGGCUGGCUCCGCAGCGCUGCAGGGGCGCCUCCCAGCGCUGUGCCGCCAAGCGCCUGACGGCUAUCUGUCGCGCGAAGUCGACCGAGGAGGCCGAGGCCACCUCCAACGGUGCCGACACCGUGUUCGAAGGCAAGGUGGACUUCGACGAGCUGGCCGAAAUCGUCAGGAAGGUCAACGACACGGACAUUGUUGAGCUGGAGCUGAAGAGCAGGAAGUUCAACCUGGUGAUGCGGAAGAAGGAGGCACUGGAGCCGCCGGUGCAGGUCGUGCAGGCUGCGCCCGCGCCUGUGCAGGCUGCUGCCCCGGCACCUGCACCUGCAGCGCCACCAAGCGCGCCGGCCCCUGCUCCCAAGGCAGCGGCUCCGGAGGCCCCGAAGGCGGCACCGAAGGCGGGCGGCGUCGAGAUCACGUCGCCCAUGGCGGGCACCUUCUACACGUCGCCGUCUCCCAGCGAUCCACCCUUCGUGAAGGUUGGCGACACGAUCCAGAAGGGUCAAACUCUGUGCAUUAUCGAGGCCAUGAAGCUGAUGAACGAGAUCGAGGCCGAGGUGUCCGGCACCGUCGUCGACAUCCUGCUCGACAACGCCUCGCCGGUCAGCAUCGGCGACCCGAUGAUCAUCGUCAAGCCGUGA